CACUCCUAAGCUUUUCAGUCCCAGCGGUUUCUCCUAGCAGCAUAUAUAAUUAAUAUAUGUCUGUCUCUGUCAAUUCUUCCAUGGCGGCAAACCAUGAUAUGCCAUUCUUCCUUGUCAAGAAGGAUGCUAUACUGGUUAAACCCUCGAGCGCCACCCCUUCAGAUGUUCUCUCUCUCUCGACCAUUGACAACGAUUAUGUAUUCGAGCAGAUCUCUCAAACCAUUUACGUCUAUCAAGCAAACACCAAUCAUCCUAACGGCGCUGAUUCUGACCCGGCUCACUUGAUCAGAGAGGCUCUCUCCCGGGUUUUAUUUUACUACUAUCCCCUGGCCGGGAAGCUCAAGAGGCAGAGUGAUGGAACUCUACGGAUCAAGUGUAACGCCGAUGGGGUGCCUUUUCUUGAGGCCACAGCCAAUUGCCAGCUCUCUUCCCUCGGUUACUUUGAUGGGAUUGACACGAAAACUGCAAAACAGUUUCUCUUUUAUCCAGAGACUGACAGUGACGACGGUUACCACCCUCUAGCUCUGCAGGUGACUAAGUUUUCUUGUGGAGGCUUUACGAUUGGCAUGGGCUUAUCGCAUUCUGUUUGCGAUGGCACUGGUGCAGCACAAUUCUUCCGAGCCAUGGCUGAACUGGCUAGCGGAAAGACUGAACCGUCAGUGAAACCUGUCUGGGAGAGGGAAAGACUGGCAGGGAAGCCCAGUGGGGACCCAAUCACACUCCUAGCAGACGCAGCUUCCAUGGCAGCUUCACCACACUGGCCAACCACUGAUCUUGUCCAUGGAUUGUUCAACAUCACAAGUGACGGUCUAAUCAAACUGAAAAACAGUUUGAUGACGGAAAUUGAGAAUGAAACAUUGGAUGAAAGUUUCAGUUUCACGACUAUUGAGGCUCUUGGCGCCUAUGUUUGGAGGUCUAGAAUCAGAGCUUUUGAGCUGAACCCAGAUGGGAAAUCCAUCUUCCACCUGGCUGUCGGGAUAAGGAACAUAACAAAUCCACCUCUGCCUCCCGGGUACUACGGAAAUGCUUUUCUGUCUUCGCCAUCAGUGUUGCCAGUGAAGGACCUGCACGAGGGGCCUCUCUCCAACGUUGCAAAGAUGAUAAAAGAGUCCAAGAAACGUGCUUCUAACAAUGACUACGUUGUGAACACACUCAGCUUCUUGGAGACCGUGAGGCAACAGAGGAUGAAGAUUGAGGGCGGGGCGGCGUCGACGAUCCUGACGGAUUGGAGGCGGCUGGGUCUGCUGGAAGAAGUGGACUUCGGGUGGAAGGGGGCUGUGAAUAUUGUGCCAGUUCUCCUGAACAUCGUCGCGUUUGUUGAAGUGUGUAUUCUUUUGCCUCCUUGCAGCCUGGAUCCUGCCGCCAAAGGUGGGCUCAGGCUGCUGGUUUCUCUCCCCAGAGCUGCCAUGGCUAAAUUCGAGGAAGAAAUGAAUGCCCUCUAGCUCGAAGAUGACCAUGACCAUGCUCUCGCCUCAACCAGCGAUCAGAUCGUGUUGUUUGUUCAAGCGUUUUGUAAUCAAUAAACUUGGUUUCAAUCGACUGUUCUAAGUGGAUUAUUACGGAGCUUGAUGCCUUGAUCCUCCUUUCCAA